CGUCAAUAACGCUGGCCUGGACGUGUCAACAUGCGGUGGUGGCACGCACAAGCUUCUUUAGCUUCUUCGGUUUAUAAAUGUUGCUCCAAACUAGCACUCUUGCUCAAUUGCAGCUAUUAACCGCUCGCGGUUUCAAGUGCUCGGCGCAUCGCCAUGGGAUCCGGUUGCGACGCCACUGACGAGGCACCAAACGGUUCCAAGGCGGUAACCCUCCUGCUCCGCCUGUCGACGAUGGCGCUCGCACUGACCUCGGCAGUGGUCAUGGCCACGGCCAACGAGUGCUCCAUCUACGAGCCCCCUGGCGCCAGGGUCACGGUCACCUUCAAAAACUACCCGCCCUUCGUUUACCUGGUAGGUUUCAACAUCGCGGCGACGAUCCUGGAGGCGGUCGGGAUCUACCUGCAGGUCGGCAUGGGCGGCGGCGGCGACGAGGAGGAGGCGCCCAAGGUUGCGCAGGUCCUCCUGGUCUUCUUCGACGUCGCUGUGCCGGCGCUGCUCAACCUUGCCACGGGCGCGGCGUUCUCGGCCGUCGUCGCCUACCGCCCGGAGAUCAGCGCCUGCACCGGCACCGCCGGCCAGUUCUGCGAGCAGGUGCACAGGUCGAAGCUCUUCUCGCUCGCCGCCGGCAUCUCCGCCAGUUCGGCCGCGUUCGUCAAGGACGUCCGGCUGCCGUUCUCCGUGUGGCCCGUCUCGUCAGACUCAGACGACUGCUGAUGUUUGUGGGUAUUUAGUGGUGGUUGCAAUUUGCCAAGGGGUUGUUCGUUGUUACAUUCCUCCGUUGAUACGUAGCAUCGUACCAAAGUAUACGUAGCCACUUGUGGUAUUGGUACGGUAGGACACCGAAAUAGUACGUACGUCAUCAAGCAAUUUGUAUACGUAGCACCGUACCAAAGUCAAUGCAAAGCUCCAAACAGCUAGCAUGUGUUUGUGUGACCUAUCA